AUGCCUCCCCCUUUCCUGGGGGGACGCCCCAGCACCCCUCCCCCAGUACGGGACGGGACGGGGCACACGCCACGCGGUGUGGCCCCGCAGCUGGCCGCGGGCUGCCCGCCGUCUGCUGUCCACAGCGCAGCUGCCCGAGGGAGCCAGGGCCAAGAGGGCGUCUCCGGGUCCCAGUGGGGCCGCAGCCGCGCCGUCUGCCCCACUCACCCCCCAGCGCGCCCACCCCUGCCCGCUGCCCGCUGCCCACGUGAGCGCCACGGCGUGAGCGUCUGCUCAGCCACCUGCGCGCCUCCCCUGGACCUGGCGCCCGGGGUGGCCCCUGUGCCACGCCCCUCGCCGGCCCGGGGCCCUGAGGCCUGGCGCUUCAGCUGCGCCACCUGCGGCCAGAGCUUCAAGCACUUCCUGGGGCUGGUGACGCACAAGUACGUGCACCUGGUGCGGCGGACCCUGGGCUGCGGCCUGUGCGGCCAGAGCUUCGCGGGCGCCUACGACCUGCUGCUGCACCGCCGCAGCCACCGGCAGAAGCGGGGCUUCCGCUGCCCGGUGUGCGGCAAGCGCUUCUGGGAGGCGGCGCUGCUCAUGCGCCACCAGCGCUGCCACACGGAGCAGCGGCCCUACCGGUGCGGCGUGUGCGGCCGCGGCUUCCUGCGCUCCUGGUACCUGCGGCAGCACCGCGUGGUGCACACCGGCGAGCGCGCCUUCAAGUGCGGCGUGUGCGCCAAGCGCUUCGCGCAGUCGUCCAGCCUGGCGGAGCACCGGCGCCUGCACGCCGUGGCCCGGCCCCAGCGCUGCGGCGCCUGCGGCAAGACCUUCCGCUACCGCUCCAACCUGCUGGAGCACCAGCGGCUGCACCUGGGCGAGCGCGCCUACCGCUGCGAGCACUGCGGCAAGGGCUUCUUCUACCUGAGCUCCGUGCUGCGCCACCAGCGCGCCCACGAGCCGCCGCGGCCCGAGCUGCGCUGCCCCGCCUGCCUCAAGGCCUUCAAGGACCCCGGCUACUUCCGGAAGCACCUGGCGGCGCACCAGGGCGGCCGGCCCUUCCGCUGCUCCUCCUGCGGCGAGGGCUUUGCCAACACCUACGGGCUCAAGAAGCACCGCCUGGCCCACAAGGCCGAGGGCGCCGCGGGGGGGGGCAGCCUGGCCGGCAAGGAUGCCUGA